CUUACAUUCUAUUUAUAUUUCAGUUUUGAAAAGAACUUGCAAAAAAAAAAAAGAAAAAAAAAAGCAAAUGACAGAAAGGUGAAAGAUGAGCAAAAAAGAGGAAAGGAUUGAUGAAAUGUUUUUGAAAAAGAAAAAAGGGAAAAAAAGAACACCAAAAAGAGAAAAAGAAAAGAAAGGAAAGGAACUGAAAGAAUACUUUGAAACAAUGGAAUAUUGAAAAAGAAACAGUGUAAAUGAGUUAUAAAGAGAAUCUUGUGUUAAAAGGAACAUGGCAUGCAAUUUGCCUCAACUUCUGCAUGCAAAAGGAGAAAUAUAGUCUAUUUGAGGAGUUGCUUCCAGUGCCUCAAGGCUUCCAGUGAAAGGUGCAGAGCCUCGUUUCUGUUGGCAGUGGAUGUUGGAAUCUCAGAAAACCUGGUCAUAUGGCAUAUUUGGUUGAUUAUGCAUGUACUCCAGAAGAAGUGCAGCAGCAUUUUCAGUCCUGUGGUACUGUCAACAGAGUUACUAUUCUGACAGACAAGUAUGGCCAACCAAAGGGUUUUGCCUACGUGGAGUUCCUUGAAGUUGAAGCUGUUCAAGAGGCUCUUGUACUGAACGAAUCAGAAUUACAUGGCCGUCAACUGAAGGUUUUGCCCAAAAGGACCAAUGUCCCUGGGAUGAAGCAGUACAGGCCUAGGCGAUUCAACCCUUACAUGGGUUCUCGGUUCAGGAGGCCAUAUAUACCUCCUUACUUCUACUCCCCCUACGGAUAUGGAAAAAUUCCUCGGUUCAGGAGGCCCAUGCGUUACAUGCCCUAUUACUAGGAGGUUACUACUACGCAGACCUUAAAAUAUUUAUGCAUGUUUACAUCCUCUUCUAACUUAAACCUGUCAAAGAACGUUUUUAGGUUUCUUGAGCACGCAGAACAUGCACUUCAUCUACUAAGCACUUUACCUAGUUCAAUUAUUGUCAUUUAGAUUAUAUGGAUGUUAGGCUCUAUGUUCUUGAUGUUUCUUUUAUCUCAUAUGCUCAUGCAACUUAUGCCGUCUUUGGUUCAUCUUUCAUACAAUCACCAGUCAAUUUUAAUUCCGAUUCUCAUAUUAGUUUUAAUAUGCAGAAUUGGACCAGAA